GCACAGACCUUUAGUUAGAAACUUCUAGCUGCCUAAAAAUGUAAACUUUAACAACAUUCAAUUGAGGUGUGCACCAACUUCUCUUUAAAAUAAAACAUUAAAUUUCUAUAAUAAAAAAGUUAUCAUAUAUAAAUACUUUCCCGUUGCCCUCAUGAACAUUUAGGAACUUAUUAUUUGGUCCUCUUAUAUCGACAUCUUGUUUGGCCCCUGGACUAAUACAACAGAAAAAAUAUAUAUAAUUCUUUUGCCACAAACCAAAGUUUUGAAUCUCAGGAACUUGCUCUAAAUUGUAGAAGUAGAGAAAGAUGACAUAGUUCUUUUCAGUACAAAGUGAAAGUAAAAUACAUUUUAAUCAAAGAGAUUUUAUUUCCCCAUGUUAAGACUCAGAGGGUGUUCUCUUUGUGAAAAAUGAACGAGGAAGGAAAAGGUAGAAUUAAAACAGUCUUUUAUUUCAAUUCUAUAUUAUUUAUAUUCUGGAUUAAUUUAAACCAAGCAAAAUAUAAAGGAAAGUUUUUUUUUCUGUGGCCAUACAUAACAUACAUGUUUUAUUCAACUCUUUUACAACCUCGAGUGCUCUUGAACCUGUGGAGAUUAUGAAGCUUGUACUCUGUUGAUGAUCAGCUCAGAGCCAUGGCCACACCUACACAUUAAACCACAUUAUAUUGCUGCAAUGUUGCUUUAAAAGGCUGGAUCACAUCCUCUCAAUUAGUUCCCCUUCGAGCAAUCUCUCUUACAUUUCCGGGGAAAACACUCAGCUUUAACCCACGGAUGGAAAUGGAGGACCAGAUGGAAAGCCAAAGGAGGAAAGGAGUAAGCAGCAAAGACAACCUAAUAUCUGAGACACGCUCCGGGUCUUUGGGAUGCAUCGGCUGGUUCAUCGUCAUUCUCUCCGGCAUCUUCACAGCUUUACUGUUCCCCCUCACAAUCUGGUUUUGUUUGAAGAUUGUUCAGGAGUACGAGCGGGCCGUCAUCUUUAGACUGGGUCGCAUCACAGACCGUAAGGCCAAAGGACCAGGAAUUUUCUUCAUUUUGCCAUGCACUGAUUCUAUUGUGAAAGUGGAUCUGAGAACUGUUUCUUUUGACAUCCCACCACAAGAGAUCCUGACUAAGGACUCUGUUACCGUCUGCGUGGAUGGAGUGGUGUACUUCCGUGUCAGUGACCCCAUCGCCUCUGUAGCCAACGUGACUAAUGCCGACUUUUCCACCCGCCUGCUGGCUCAGACCACCCUCAGAAACGUUUUGGGUACCAAGAACCUGGCUGAGCUCUUGUCUGAUCGCGAGGGUAUCGCUCACAGCAUGCAGUCCAGCCUGGAUGAAGCGACAGACAACUGGGGCAUCAAGGUGGAGCGUGUGGAGAUAAAAGAUGUGAAACUGCCCAUUCAGCUGCAGAGGGCCAUGGCUGCUGAAGCAGAGGCAGCACGAGAGGCCAGGGCUAAGGUCAUCGCAGCAGAGGGGGAGAUGAACGCGUCCCGCGCCCUGAAAGAGGCGUCCCUCGUGAUUGCGGAGUCCCCGUCGGCCCUGCAGCUCCGCUACCUGCAGACCCUCAACACCAUCGCGGCGGAGAAGAACUCCACCAUCAUCUUCCCGCUGCCCAUAGACGUCAUGUCUCACUUCAUGAAAAAGUGACGUYGCAGCCACGCGGAACCGUCGAAGUGCUGAUCGGAACGACGCUGAGCUACGUUUCUGCGGGCUGCGUUAAAAGACGGAGAAACUUUCUGGAUGCAGUACGGCGCUAAAGUUGCAUGGCUUUUUAUCAAGAGUAUUCAAACAGAAAAACUUUUUGAUGUACAGCGGAAAACAUAAGUAUUGAACACGUCACCAUUUUUCUCAGUAAAUAUAUUA